AUGACCACCACGGUGUACGACAACAACGCGUCCGCCGGCAUGCUCGAUAUUGCAACAGUCCGAGCGGAAAUAAAAGCUUGGGAACGCGACUUUCGCUCGAGGCAUGGCAGAGACCCCAAGGUUCAAGAUAUUAGAGAUCAGCCUUCAAUAGCCGAGAAGUACAAGUUGUACAAGAAACUAUCCAAGAACGCGUCUGUAGCUGUAACUACGCGACCUGGUGACCGAGCCUCUUCUUCGACUCAGCCCGUCCAGCCGCCCUCCACACCAUCCCGCCCUACACCCCGUCCAUCGCACGCGCAUAUAUUCUCUCAGCCACGCGUAGUCGAAACAGCCGCCCCUUUGCCCGGGUUCAACCCCUUCUCACCGACCAAGGGAAAAGGAAAGGGCAUCCAACGGGAUGAUACUAGACGAGUUAGCCCUAGCCACCCUCGAAAUCCGUUCGCAUCUCCCGUCAAGAAUAAACCGGCUUCUCGCGUUUCAUCUCGAAGCGCCUCUCCUGAUCCCUUCCCACCCAUUGUGCCCGUCCAACCAUCGUCUGAACUGCUCAAUGAUCAACCUCACGCUAACAAAGCUAUUUCACGCGCUCGCAAGCGACUACGUGGCGAACCAGUCUCGCCGUCACCGAAUAAGCAGAAGCGUCAGCGCGUUGCCUCUCAGACCGUGCUGCCGUUCCCCCGACUGGAUUUUUCGAAAGCUGCGGAACACGACGUGACGGAUGAUUCCCCGUCAAAGCAAGCUAGCGACUCGUUUGUGACUGACUCGCCCGUCAAAGUGCCCGCCGGCGGACGGCCGUUCCCUCUGCUAUUUGAGGACAACUCGGGUCAAAGAUUGCGACAAGCAUGCGAGUACCACAUUCACUUCAUCGAACCCAAAUUACCGCUAACUGCAGCUAUCAGGCGCGAUGAACCAAAGUCAGACGCCUCGGCGUCCGACGCUGAGCCUAAGAGAGCUGGGCUUAAACGGGUACUAUCCGCAAAUGAACUUGACGAAAAGAAGGAGGGGACCGACCACUCGAAACCUCAACAAGCACCGUUAUUGCCACCCUCGCCGACCUCCGGCCCAUCCCUCGGAGCACUUAAGGGCAAGGCUAAAUCUGCAGCCGCUGGUCGUAAGAAACCAAGGAUAGCGGAAGAGGAUGAUGAGGACGAGGACGAUUCAUCCGAGAAUACGGUUGUACGAGUACAUAACCGAAAACGUCCACCCCGCACGGAUCAAGAUGCUGAAGGCGAUGAUAGCGACCUGGACCCUGCUCUGGCAUUUGGCGCCCGGAAGGCUGAUGAUGUAUUGAAUCAUACGGCGACUCGUGCUGACGACCCUGUGCCCCAAGGAAGUCUCGAAGUCAAUCUCCCCGAUGAGUUACGCCUCGUGUUGUCCAUAUCACAACCCAACGAGGCCGAUAACGUAAAUGAACGCGUUUUCCGCGGCUUGUUGAAGGGGUCCCGUGUCAGUAGCUACGACGCUUCUCGCGGCGGUGAAGUCUGGGAUGCUGGGGAAGACGAAGACGAGGACGAAAAUCGCGGCGAUAUAUUGGACGACGAUUGGGAAGGAGAGCCGGUGCCAUGGGAAGUUGGAGAACUCUGAACGUUCCGAGAUAGUUGUUCCGACCGUGUCGUGCCCUCAUCGUGCUUUCCAGUGUUUCAUUUUUAAUAAUCUCAUGUCCAC